ACUAGUCUUUCUCACGCUCCACGUUUCUCAAUGGGGUUAAUCACUGGAGUGUUUGCUUUCUUAUAUCAAUUACCGCAGAUUUAUACAUGGCUUCUAAAACCCUAUUAUAUAGUAUCAUUCGUCAUAUCACUUGCUUUUCUCCUGAUACGCAAAUGUCCUGGCAUUUGCGAAAACCUGCCCUCACAGCGAGAAGACGGCGACUCGUGCGCUUUUGACUGGAGGGAGGUGGAGAUCUUGAUGUUUCUCAGUGCCAUCGUCAUGAUGAAGAAUCGCAGAGCAUUUACCGUGGAACAUCAUAUUGGUAACCUCUUACUCUUCAGCAAAGUGGCCAACGUCAUCCUAUUCUUCAGGGUGGACAUUCGAUUGGGACUGCUUUAUCUCGCUAUCUGUGUUGUUUUUGUGAUGACCUGCAAACCUCCAAUAUACAUGGGGCCUGAGUACAUCUCAUACUUCAAUGACAAGACCAUUGAGGAGGAGCUAAAGCGAGACAGUCGUGUAACAUGGAUUGUUGAGUUCUAUGCAAACUGGUCCCCAGAGUGUCAAUCUUUUGCUCCCGUUUUUGCGGAACUCUCACUCAAGUAUCACAGUACUUUUCUGAGAUUUGGAAAGUUAGACGUUGGUCGUUAUGGAGAAAUGGCUGAGAGCUAUAAGGUAAAUCCUUCCCCACUUUCCAAACAGAUGCCCUCCCUGAUUCUUUUUCAAGAUGGCCGUGAGAUCAUGCGGCGUCCUAUGGUGGACAAGAAGGAACGAGCCAUAUCCUGGAGCUUCACUGAGGACAAUAUCAUCCGAGAGUUCAAUUUGAAUGAACUUUACCAGAAAUCGACGAAGCUCAGCAAGGGGCGAGAUGAGCACGCUCCAGAAGCAGAGCAAUCCUCAACUCCCGAGGACGGGCCUGUCGACCCAGAGCCAAUCAGUGAACAGUUCGAGGACAUGGAAUCGAAGAAGGACAAGUAAAAAGAUGAACACAAUAUAUCUCAAGCAAUGCAAGUGGUCAGAGGAAGAUUAGCUGAAUGAUACUUGACUGAAGACUCACAGGAAAUGCAGUAUUAUUGUGUAAUCGAUACGCUGGACGACGAAACACCUAUCUGCCUUUAUAGCCUCUCAGUAACAAUCAAUGCACCGCUGUCUCAGAUCUCAACACUCGUAAGGAGUAUUUUCUUGUCCCUCUAUUGGGUAUUAAUCUGAGGUCUGAGGGGCGUAUGGCAAGAUUACUGUGUUAUCGAGGUAACUUCAGAAAUAACUACUGAUCUCAAAACAAUAUCUCAUUUUUUGAACUAUAGAUACUCAAUCAAGUGUUCCUUUAGAGUUCAGUGAUUACUCUUUUAAGUUACCUGGAUAAGUCUGUAAACCAAUAACCACAUUUUAUAGUAGAGCCCCUGGUAUAUUUAAUGUUUGUGUUUUCACACUAAAUUACAAGCGGCCAAUUGAUGUGCAUAUCCUGUUUGAGGAAACGUGAACUUUGAGUCAUCCCUGAUGUUCUGAUCUGCCUUUGACCUCUGAUGAUAAAAUCUUUUGCUUGUGAAAACAGCUUAAGUCUUAAUCCAGAAACCAAACAUGUUUUUAUAUUUACAUGCAACAUGUACUAAGAUAAAGAGACAGCAUCUCCCAAGUGGUUCAAUAAAUGAACAAAUGGAAGUUAUUUUAAAAAAAGAGACAACAAGUCAA